AAGCGCUUCUCUCCAGGUUCGGGUUAAGGUUUUACGUUCGAAGGCGGCCAAGAGUGCCCUAGCGUUUCAUCGUUACCAUAGCUACCGGGCCCUUGGCCGCACCUCUUAACUGCCUGGUCAACAUCUUUGAGCGUCCGCAGCUCAGGAGGCCGGGGUAACUGGCGGCAGGUAGGAAAUUAUGUGAAAGAAUCUUCUGAUGUCAUAAUUUCUGGGUGUCACUGGAACAUUUGAUCAUCAUUCCUUUGGCAAUUCCAGUCUUCUAUGGAAGGUCAGUAGAAGCAAUUGAUUUAUUCACCUACAGGAAUCAAACUCGGCCUAUUUUGGUUUUCGGUGAAUUAUGCCUUUUCGGUUUGGAACCCAGCAACGGAGGUUUCCAGUGGAAGGAGGAGAUUCUUCAAUUGGGCUGGAACCUGGGCUGAGCUCCAGUGCUGCCUGUAACGGGAAAGAGCUGUCACCAGCCAGGCAACUCCGAAGAUGCCCUGGAAGUCAUUGCCUGACAAUAACUGAUGUUCCUAUUACUGUCUAUGCAACAAUGAGAAAGCCACCUGCACAAAGCAGCAAGGAAAUGCAUCCUAAAUAGCAUCAUUAAGUCUUUUGUAGAGGUUUGACUAGGUCAAGGGUAAUGGGCCAGGAUCCUCCUACAAUCUGGUAAACAAAUAAAAGUGGUGGCACCUUUGGAUGAUGACAACAGUUGAAACAAUUACUUUAGUAGGAAAAGGCAGAAUUGUAGUCUAUAAAACACGUGUAGUGAGAAGUCAUUAGUCAUGUUUGUUAAAUAAGACAGAAUAAUAUUCCACAAUUAGAAAGUGCCUUAGAGAUCACCAUUUUCACAGUGAAUUAUUAAUGUCAUAAAUUCAAGAUAAAGCUUAAUUCACCUUAAUCAGCAAUUAGGAAAAACCCAUUCUAAACAAUGUGUAUAAGAUUGGUUUCCUUUGUUAACUAUGGGUUGUUAUUAGUUGAAUUCUUUCACUUGACUUCGCUUUCACUUCAUUUAAUAUUUUAAUACUUUCACUUCAUGAAGCCAGUUCUUGGCUUGAUAUUUUUUAAUAAUAAAGAUAUUAUCUGUCCAAGAAUAAUUAUAUUGAUUGAGAAAUGGAGCAUGCGGGAUGUACAUUUUGGAAGAAUACGCAUGACCAAAGGAAGUUCUUAGUCCAUGAUUAAUCUGCAAAGCAUAUGAACUGUUUGCAUAGAGAGCUCAGGUUAUGGGUUAAAUUAUAAUAAUGAGGUUAAGGCUCUGGUUCCAGUC